AUGCAACAGCACAUCGCGGUGCAGCGUGGCAAACAGAGGCGUGACGUAGUUACACAAGGCGUUAUUCAAGUGCCCAAAUUUCACCAUUUCGUCUUUGCCGCCCCCAACUCACGGCCUAUAAGUGUGAACAGGGAGGUGACAAUGAUGUUUCGAGCGUUGAUUUAUCUUCUCCUGGUAGUUGUGCGGGGGACCUUUUCCGACGACUCAGUGCAGCUAAGCGAGAGUUUCGGUGGUCCUCAUGGCACCGCAUUUUCAGAUCAAGCGUCAGUGGUAGCAGGACAAACCAUCGGGUCCAUUACGAUUCGAGCGGGUGAACGUGUUGAUGGUCUCACUUUGGAAGUUACAGGACCCACCGCUGCAACUUUUAGUCAUGGUGGUGAUGGUGGAGACCCCCACACACUUACGCUUGGUGCCGGGGAGUACAUUACAUCCAUGGAGGCUCACUGGGGGAAGAAAAAUGAUCAUACGCGUAUUUUCUAUCUAAACUUCGGAACGAGUGCUGGUAAUUCGAUCGCGGGGGGAUCCAUGACGGACGAUAAGAUCACUGUCACUGCACCCGAAGGUUUCCAGCUUGGAGGAUUCUUUGGUCAGGAUGGAGACGAGAUUGACUUGUUAGGUGCAAUUUGGACACGAAUUGCUGCAUAUCCACCACCUCCAGCACCAACUGAGGCUUCCGCUCCAGCUCCUGUGCCUACUGACGCCCCAGCUCCAGUCCCCGCACCUUCUGAAGAAGUACCGGUUGGAACAGAAGUCCCAGCUCCAGUAGCAACAGAAGCACCGACUCCAGCUCCAGCUCCUGCUAUCUCGGUGGAAGAUUCCGUUCAUCUGAGUGAAAGCUUUGGUGGUCCUCACGGUACCGAGUUCUCGGAUGAAUCGGCUGCAACUUCAGGACAAACUGUCGCUUCUAUUACGAUUCGAGCUGGAGAACGGGUCGACGGUGUCGCGCUCGAGAUAACUGCACCCACAGCACAGACAUUCAGCCACGGAGGAGAUGGUGGAGAUUUAAAUACUCUCAAACUUAGCGAGGGCGAACAUAUUACGUCCAUGGAGGCUCAUUGGGGCAAGAAAGAUGAUCACACACGUAUUUUCUACUUGAGUUUCGGUACAAGUGCAGGUAAUUCGAUCUCGGGAGGAACGAUGACAGAAGAUAAGAACUCGGUGACUGCACCCGAAGGUUUCCAGCUCGGAGGAUUCUUCGGUCGUGAUGGAGACGAAAUCGAUCUUCUCGGUGCCAUUUGGACGAGUAUUGAGCUUGUUACUACAGCUCCUACGCCGGCUCCAGUACCUGAAGAGGCCCCAGGAACGGUAAAACCCGCUGGAUCGGGAGCUUCGGGAGGCACUACCACGACAGUUAAGCGAGCUACAAAGUUAAGUGAAUCGUUUGGUGGGCCUCACGGAAACCAGUUCUCGGACCAACCUGCAGCGACUUCGGGACAAACAAUAACGUCAUUAACUGUGCGUGGUGCUAAGCGUAUUGACGGCCUCACUCUCGAGGUUUCUGCUCCUAUUGCACAAACAUUUACCCAUGGUGGAACUGGUGGAGACCCGUAUACUGUAAAACUUAGCGCCGGGGAAUACAUCACGUCGAUGGAAGCACAUUGGGGUCAAAAAGAUGGCCACACUCGCAUCUUCUAUCUCAAUUUCGGUACAAGUGCAGGGAACACGGUAUCCGCAGGGUCUCAAACCGAAGAGAAGGCUUCGAUCACUGCACCGGAAGGCUAUCAACUUGGAGGGUUCUUUGGUCGUGAUGGGGACGAGAUUGAUCUGCUUGGUGUCGUGUGGACGAGUAUUGAGGUGGUCGAAGAAGCCCCAGCUACUGCAGUAUCAGCAGAUGAAGACAUCGUGCUCAGUGAGACGUUCGGUGGACCUCAUGGAAUCGCUUUUUCGGAUAUUAACUCGAUCAAGUUUGGCCAAAAAGCGACUUCUCUUACUAUCCGCUCUGACAAGCGCGUUGAUGCUGUAACGUUGCAAGUUGCAGCACCCGCUGAAGUUACUAUGACCCAUGGUGGCACAGGAGGCACAGAACAGACUCUUACGCUUGGUGACGGUGAGUAUAUUACGUCAAUGGAAGCGAAUUGGGACAAGAAAGAUGGGCAUACAAGAGUCUUCUACGUCAGUUUUACGACCAGCGCAGGAAACACUAUCUCGGGUGGAACCCCAACCGAUAACAAGGGCACCGCUACUGCGCCCGAAGGCUUCCAACUAAGCGGAUUCCACGGUCGUGCAGCAGAUGAAGUUGAUAAACUUGGAGUGAUCUGGACGAGGAUUUCUGCUACUAACAUCGAGCUCACCAACCCUGCCGGUACAGGUAAUGGCACGUACGGCACGACAAUCCGUAACUGGGUUGGCCCGACGAUCGGCGUUUCCAGUGAUACAGCAUGUUAUCGGAAGACGGUGCCCUUCGAUAGCAACAACAUUUGCCCGUUAGGGUAUGGCAAGGACGAUGACGACUGUAUCACGCAGUGCCCCAUGGCGUACCCCGUUCGUUGUGCGUUAGAGUGUAUCCCUCAAAAUGACGACUGCGCACUCGCGGUCCUCUCUAAGAUCGGGUCUGUAGUCGCUGUAGCACUUAACGCAGCUACUGGUGGAGUGUUUGGUGAGAUUCUGGCUGCUUACAAGACGGCCAAGUGGGCGAUCACGUGUGCUGCGAACAUCGUGUCGGUGAUCCGCUCGCUUAUCUUCUAUCUGCGGUACCAGCAAACCAAUGCCCCGCAAGGAGAUACCGAGCAGCUAUUAACUGUGGCAUACCAAGCGGACGUCGUGUUAAUUGAUCUACCUGUAGCGGUGUGCGUUUGUCUUGGAUUGCCAGUCCCUAAAGGAGCUCAGUUUGCGGACACCGUACUCACUAUAGUGGAAGGUAUCGUGAAACAAGCGAUCACCAAUGGUGACAUGAUUAUCUCAACGGGAGCGAACGUCUUGGAUUUACUUACAGGCAGUGGCGCGAUGAACUCGUCGGGUACAGCAGUGGAUGAACUUCAAGAGAUUAUCGACAAGAACUCGAGCUGCGGCUGGGCUCUCAAGAGUCUCACUGAUCGUGUUGUGUUCGCGGUUAAUGACGUCCGGAACAAGACGCCUAAUGCUGCUGCGAACGAUGUCCGAGUGAUUGUGUACAAGUCCUCGAUCGUGCUUAACGACAUCCCUACAGUGACAAACAAUUGUAUGGGAGAACUAUUGGCCACUAAAACGAGGACAGCGGCAUUCGAGACACGUGAUAUGCUCCGAAAGACCUUCGGCGUUAUUAUCGACCAGCUUAUCGAGACCGGAACGACGGAUAUGGGCAAGGACGUGGCGAAUGACGAGUAUAUGCUCAAGGUGGCCAACAUGGGUCUCGUCGUGCUGUCGACGAUCGAUCCGACUGGUAUCGCGUACAUGGGCUCGCAGUUUGUCCAGCCAAUCUGCGGACCAACAGCAUAUCUCGGUGAAAUCGAUGAUGGAACUCUGUUUGACGCUCUUGGGUUGAGGACUGUGGAUGAAGCGUUCGAAGGCAGCUACGGAUCGUGGACUAAGUCGGGUGACGGAGUCGUUCACAUCGUUUUCGAGAGUAUUGACAAGGAGGAUGUGACUGUGGUGAUUCAUUCGGGUGGUGACGAUUAUGCUGAAGUUGAUGUCGGUGCAGGUGAAGUCGUGACUUGGGAUGCCACGAUCCCGGAGUUGCAGGACAAGAACAUGUAUCUUGAUCGCUGGCGCCCUGGUUUAUUUGGAUUGCCUGGUUCCGGUGGAGGUUCACUGUUGCUUUGGAUUCCGCGAUCGUCGGAAGGUGGUCAUAUCACUAUGCACGUGCGCAUCAACGUUAGUUAGGAAUAUUGUGUUGUGAUUUCCUUGUAGUGGAAAUUUGUAGUGAAACGAUGUCGUGAAAGUGU